UAUCGUAAGAGACCCCAGAUCUGUAUAGAUCUCCAUAAAUUGAGUGUUCACACGACUUUUAUUUAGGUCACUAUACAACAGCGACCACACAAAAAAAUAACUGAAGGUCGUUCGUUGGAAGUUAAACCAGCGUGGACAAUAUUUCGCAGGGGAUCAGAAAAACAACUCAAACUGAAAUGUUCAGUACUUAUUUACAACCCACUUAAGAAACCAAAGCUUUACUCAAUUGAAUCAUACUUCCUAGUACAUCAAUCAAUCAAUCAAAGGAAGACUAUAGGAAUUGAAGAGUAAUUGGAUUUCGACCCAAUUGUGUUUGUUUUUGAAUCUUAUUCUAUUCAUAUUUUUUUUAUAUUACAUCGUUAAUUGAUAGAGAUUAAUAGGGGUACAAUUUCAGAGAGAUCCACAUCAAUCAUGUCUGCUGAUAUUCCCAUUGACUUUAGUGAGUUAACCCAGUUGACUCAAUUAGGAAUCUCUCCAGGUUCCUUAGAUUUCAAAUCAACCACUUUAGAAUCUGAUCACUAUGUUUGUAUUAGAGAAUCCGGAGCAAAUGGAAAUACUGUUGCCAUUGUCGAUUUAAAGAAUAAUAAUGAAAUCACAAGAAAGACUAUGGCUGCUGAUAAUGCCAUCAUGCAUCCUGAUCAAUUUGUUAUCUCAUUAAGAGCUAAUGGUACUACUUUACAAAUCUUUAACUUAGGUUCUAAACAAAGAUUAAAGGCUUUUACUCUUGAUGAACCAGUUGUAUUCUGGAAAUGGUUGAAUAAUACCCAUUUAGGUUUAGUUACUGGAUCUGCCAUCUAUUAUUGGAAUGUAUUCGAUAAUACUGCUGAUGGUCCUAUCAGAUUAUCAGAAAGACACCAUUCUUUAAAUAAUGCUCAAAUUAUUAAUUUUGUUGCAGAACCAGAUUUAAACUGGUUUGCUAUUAAUGGUAUUGCUCAAGAAGAUGGACGUAUAGCGGGUCAUAUUCAAUUAUAUUCUAAGACUAGAAAUGUAUCCCAAGCAAUUGAAGGUCAUGUAUCUAAAUUUGCUUCAGUUAAAUUAAGUGGUGCUGCUAGCCCAACUAAAGUUUUCUGUGUGGGUAAUAAAAAUGCUCAAGGUCAAGGUAAUUUACAUAUAAUUGAAAUUGAUCAUGUCGAUGGUAAUCCUCAAUUCCAAAAAAAAACCGUUGAUAUUUUCUUCCCUAAUGAUGCUGCCAAUGAUUUCCCAAUCAGUUUACAAGCUUCUGAUCAAUAUGGUAUUAUCUAUGUUUUAACCAAAUAUGGUUUCAUUCAUUUAUAUGAUAUUGAAACUGGUGCUAAUUUAUUUGUCAACAGAAUUACUGCUGAAAAUGUUUUUACUGCCUCUUCAUUCAAUGAUGGAAAGGGUUUAAUUACCAUUAAUAAAUCAGGUCAAGUUUUAAGUGUUGAAGUAUCAAGAGAAAAAAUUAUUCCUUAUGUUUUGGAAAAAUUAGCCAAUGUUCCUUUAGCAUUAGCUUUAUCUUCUCGUGGUGGUUUCCCAGGAGCUGAAAACUUAUUCCAACAACAAUUCCAAAACUUUUUAAAUCAAGGUGAUUAUUCAAAUGCAGCAAAGGUAGCAGCAUCUUCUGAACAAUUAAGAACCCAAGAUACCAUUAACAAGUUGAAACAUAUAACACCUCAACCGGGUCAAAUUUCUCCAAUCUUGGAAUAUUUCUCCAUCUUAUUAGAUAGAGGAACCUUAAACAAAUUUGAAUCUAUCGAAUUAGCCAAACCAGUCUUACAACAAGACCGUAAACCACUUUUCGAAAAAUGGUUAAAAGAAGAAAAAUUAACUUCAUCAGAAGAAUUAGGUGACAUUGUUAAAUCUUAUAGUGAUACUGCUUUAGCUUUAGCUGUUUAUAUCAGAGCCAAUGUUAACAUUAAAGUUGUUUCUUGUUUAGCUGAAUUAGGACAAUUUGAUAAAAUCGUUCCUUACUGUGAAAAGGUUGGUUAUUUCCCAGAUUUCACCAACUUAAUUCAAAACUUAGUCAGAGUUAACCCUGACAAAGCUAGUGAAUUCGCUACUUCCUUAUUAGCUAAGCCAGAUAAUAACUUAAAUGUUGAAAACAUUGCUGAUUUAUUCUUUUCCCAAAACUACAUUCAACAAGGUACUGCUUUCUUAUUGGAUGCAUUAAAGAAUGAUUCUCCAGCUGAAGGUCAUUUACAAACUAAGGUUUUGGAAAUUAAUUUAUUACAUGCUCCACAAGUUGCUGAUGCUAUCUUAGGUAAUAAAAUGUUUAGUCAUUAUGAUAAACCAACCAUUGGUAAAUUAUGUGAAAAAUCAGGUUUAUUUCAAAGAGCUCUUGAACAUUAUGAUGACUUGAAAGAUAUCAAAAGAGUUAUUGUUCAUACCAAUGUUUUACCAAACGAUUGGUUAGUUGCCUAUUUCGGUCAAUUAAAUGUUCAACAAUCUGUUGCUUGUAUCAAGGAAUUGUUAAGUAACAAUGUUCAACAAAACUUACAAGUCAUUAUCCAAGUGGCUACUAAGUACUCUGACUUAAUUGGUCCAUUAGCUUUAAUUAAGAUUUUUGAAGAUUAUAAAUGUGUUGAAGGUGAAUAUUACUAUUUGUCUUCAAUUGUCAACUUAACUCAAGAACCAGAUGUUGUUUUCAAAUAUAUUCAAGCUGCUGCUAAAAUGAAUCAAACUAAAGAAAUCGAAAGAGUGGUUAGAGACAAUAAUGUUUAUAACGGUGAAAAGGUUAAGAACUUCUUAAAAGAAUUCAAAUUGGAUGAUCAAUUACCAUUAAUUAUUGUUUGUGACAGAUUUAACUUUGUUCAUGAUUUAAUCUUAUACUUAUACAAGAAUCAAUAUUUCAAGUUUAUUGAAGUUUACGUUCAAUCUGUUAACCCAGCCAACACUCCACAAGUUAUUGCCGGUUUAUUGGAUGUUGAUUGUGAUGAAAAUAUUAUCAAAAACUUGUUACUUUCUGUUCUUGGUAGAGUUCCAAUCAAGGAAUUGGUUGAAGAAGUUGAAAAGAGAAACAGACUUAAGAUCUUACUACCAUUCUUAGAAAAGACUUUAGAAGGUGGUUCAAACGAUCAAGAAGUUUACAAUACUUUAGCCAAGAUUUACAUUGAUUCUAACAACUCUCCCGAGAAGUUCUUACAAGAAAAUGAUAUCUAUGAUACUUUAGCUGUUGGUAAAUACUGUGAAAAGAGAGAUCCAUACUUAGCAUACAUUGCCUAUUCUAAAGGUGGUAAUGAUGAUGAAUUAAUUAACAUUACUAAUGAAAAUAAGAUGUACAAGUAUCAAGCUAGAUAUUUAUUAGCCAAAUCUGAUUUCAACUUAUGGAAUAAAGUUUUAGCUGAAGAUGAUAUUCACAGAAGACAAUUGAUCGACCAAGUUAUUUCUACUGGUAUUCCAGAAUUAAAUGACCCAGAACCAAUCUCUAUUACUGUUAGAGCAUUCAUGGAAAAUGAUUUACCACAAGAAUUAAUUGAAUUAUUGGAAAAGAUUAUCUUAGAACCAUCUCCAUUCAAUGAUAAUACUUCUUUACAAGGUUUAUUGAUCUUAACUUCUAUUAAAGCUGAUCCAUCCCGUGUUUCUCGUUACGUCGAAAGAUUAGACAAAUAUGAUCCUGAAGAAAUUGCUCCAUUAUGUAUUGACAAUCAAUUAUACGAAGAAGCAUUUGAAGUUUAUGACAAGUUUGAAUUAAGAACUGACGCUAUGAAAGUUUUAGUUGAUGAUAUCAUGUCAUUAGACAGAGGUGAACAAUAUGCUGAAAAAUACGAUACCUCAGAAUUAUGGUUCCAAUUAGGUACUGCCCAAUUAAAUGGUUUACGUAUUCCUGAAGCUAUCUCUUCCUAUGUUAAAUCUAAGAAUCCAUCUAACUAUGAACAUGUUAUUGAGAUCGCCGAACAUGCUGGUAAAGAAGAAGAAUUAAUUUCUUUCUUAGAUAUGGCCAGAGAAUCAUUAAGAGAACCUGUUAUUGAUGGUGCUUUAAUCAAUGCUUAUGCUUCUCUUGACAGAUUAAGUGAUAUUGAAAAGUUUGUUGGUGGUUCAAAUGUUGCUGAUUUAGAAACCAUUGGUGAUAAAUUAUUCGAAGCUAAGAAUUAUAAAGGUGCUAAGAUCUUAUAUUCCAAUGUUUCUAAAUAUUCUAAGCUUGCUACUACUUUAGUCUACUUGGAAGAUUACCAAGGUGCUGUCGAUUGUGCUAGAAAGGCUUCUAAUAUCAAUGUCUGGAAACAAGUUAACAAUGCUUGUAUUGAAAACAAGGAAUUCAGAUUAGCUCAAAUUUGUGGUUUGAACUUAAUUAUUGAUGCCGAAGAAUUACCAGAAUUGGUUAGAACCUACGAAUACAAUGGUUACUUUACUGAAUUAAUCGCUCUUUUCGAAAGUGGUUUAGGUUUAGAAAGAGCUCAUAUGGGUAUGUUUACUGAAUUAGCCAUCUUAUAUUCCAAAUAUUCUCCUGAGAAAGUAAUGGAACAUUUGAAAUUAUUCUGGUCAAGACUUAAUAUUCCAAAGGUUUUAACUGCUUGUGAACAAGCACAUUUAUAUCCAGAAUUAAUUUUCCUUUACUGUCAUUAUGAAGAAUGGGAUAAUGCUGCAUUAACAAUGAUCCAAAGAUCAGAAGUUGCUUUUGAACAUACUUCAUUUAAGGAAAUCGUUGCCAAAGCUACCAAUUUGGAAAUCUACUAUAAGGCCAUUCAAUUCUAUUUAAAUGAAAAUCCAUCCUUAAUAGUUGAUUUAUUAUCUGUCUUAACUCCUAAAUUAGAUUUACCAAGAGUUGUUAGAAUAUUUGUCAAGUCCGAUAAUUUGCCAUUAAUCAAACCAUUCUUAAUCUCCGUAUUAGAAAAGAAUAAUUCAGUUGUUAACACUGCUUACCACGAUUUAUUAAUUGAAGAAGAAGAUUAUAAAUCAUUAAGAUCUUCUAUUGAAAAUGAAUCUAAUAACAGAUUUAACAAAUUAGAUUUAGCUGAAAGAUUAGAAAAUCACGAUCUUAUUUUCUUUAGACAAAUUUCUGCUACCUUAUACUCUAAAGAAAAGAAGUAUAACAAGGCUAUUUCUAUUUUAAAGAAUGAUAAACUUUGGGGUGAUUUAAUAAGAACCGUUGCUAUUUCCAAAUCUAGUAAGAUUGCUCAUGAUCUUUUAGAUUACUUUGUUGAAACCGGUAAUCAUGAAUGUUUCGUGGCAUUAUUAUAUACUUCCUAUGAAUUUAUUUCAUAUGAUUACGUUCUUGAAGUUUCUUGGUUACAUAACUUAGGUAAUUUCAUUAAACCAUAUGAAAUCUCUAUCGCUAGUGAAAACCAAAAGAGAAUUAAUGAAGUAUACCAAGAGUUUAAAGACAGAAAGAAUGCUGAAAAGGAAGAUGAAGAUAAACCAUUAGGUCAACCAUUAAUGAUUACCAAUGGCCCAAUUGGAAUUAAUGGACUUGGAUAUCAACCUACUGGUGCUGGAUUUGGUAACUCGUUCUAAUCGAUACCAGUUUAAAUCAUGAUUUGUAAAAAUUACCAUUUUAAAAAUACUUUUUUUUCUCAUUUAAAAAUAAGGUUAUUAUAAACUACUUAAAAGUGCCUUUGAUAAAUUUUAGUUUUACGUUUUAUAUUUGUUUUAUAUUGUGUUUUCCUUUUCUAAAAAAAAUGAAAUUCAUUUAUGUUAUAUAUUCAUAU